UUAGACCAAAAUGCAUAAUCUCAUAGUUCCUGAGCCAUUCUCGGAUGAUAUCCUGGAAAAAGCAAAGAAAAUGAGAUCUACUCUACCUCUCCCAGCAUGCCUCGAUUCGCCUUUCUUUCUAGCUCGAUUUCUAAAAGGUCAUGGUGGCGACGAAAAAAUUGCCAGACAACGGGUUGAAGAAUAUCUUACCCACAGACAGACCUUGGGCUACGCAGAUCUGUCUGAUAUGGAGAUUCUCACAGAGUUUCCCAUUGGAAGGGAAACAUACAAGCGGUUCUGCAUAUCUCAAGUAGCACAUUCUAUUCGCUCCGGUGAUGUGCAUGUUUUCAUACAGAAAAUGGAAGGAACUGAUUUGAAAGAGAUAAUGAAAGCUAUCCCCUUGUCAAACGUGCUACAUUCCUAUUUCAUGCUGCAAGAGAUGUUUGGCAGAGCUGUAACUGAAACCGAACGAAAAACUGGCAAACCCUCUUCGGUGGUGACAAUAUUGGAUUUGAAAGGACUGAACUUGGCCGAGUUCCUUAACCCGCUCUCAGCUCCGGUGCAGUUGGCUCGCCUUGUAGUAAAGAUCUGGUCGGAAUACUUCAGUGAGAAUAUGUGCAAAUUACUCCUUAUAAAUCCUCCUGGAAUAGUUUCACUUAUGUUCAAGAUCUCAAAAUUCAUCAUGGAUUCACGAACAGCCAGCAAGUUAGCAAUCCUCAACGAUCUCUCAGAACUCCACGAAUACCUCGAACCACAGGCAAUUUCCAUAGAAUACGGAGGGACUUGGCGAGAUGAUUCGGGCUAUGCUCAACCUCCCGAAGGUUGCACAAGACCUCUUCAGCCCGUACUGAGCUGCGAGCACCGAGGAGCUGAUGAUAUCUGGACCGACAAUGGUAUACUAAAACCACCUUCCAGCAGGACUUACAAUAUCAAAAGUCAUCAAGAAUGUGAAAUUGUGAAAAAGUGUGGUCAACCCGGAGUUUUGAUAUGGAAUUACACCAUCGGAGGUGACGUCGAAUUUGAAAUAGUACGGCGAGAAUCUGGAAAGGAAAGUCAAGUUUGGCCAAAGGUUACAUUGACAAGUUUGAAGAUUCCAGAAUGUGGGAGCGUUGCUGCAUAUCCUGGAGAGUAUGUAAUUCGAAUAAGAAAUCCUUCAAACACAUGGUUCCCAGUGAAAAUAACGGGAGCAGCAGAUUUUAAAGCAGAGUGAUUAUCUGUAAUAUGACUUUUUUGUAUGUCUUGUUCAAUCUAAAUUUACUUCAAUCAAAAAUCUGUUUCGAGAGAGAUUCUUCAAUCCUUCGAUUCUCUUGUAUAUAUGAUUCAAGGAUAUUAUCUCAUUUGGUGGUAUGAGAGAUUUAACGUUGUGAUAAGCUAGCUCUAUUCGGAUCAAUGUUAUGUAAAAAUUGCUUGUG